GAAGAAUCAGCUGAAACCUACGAUUCAGACCAGCUCACUUGUUUAUCACGGAUCAGCUUCAAAUGUAGGUAUCUUAAUAAAUUGUAACUCGGACAUUCAGAGCGGUACGCUUGUCAUCAUAAUGCCGGUUUUGUUCUGGUGUUUGCAAAGAAAUCAGCUACGUUGCCCUUACUUGGGAUUAGCUGUCUUUCGAAAAUGUGUUUUGUUAAAAGAUGAACACCGUCGAGUGCUAGUAGUUGUGACAGAGUGGUCAGUUACUUACUGCUGCAAUAUCAACCCAUGGACCUUUACGUUUUACAUGUACCGUCGACCUAGUCAAGUAUUACCUUUAGCUUCUUUGUAGCCUUAUGUCGGUUUUAAUCUUUUAGUUUUAUUCUUUAGUCGCGUUUUAACCAAUCUAUCGCUUCUAGUGCUCAGCGAUGGCAGAACUAGUCUUUAUUCGCACAUAUGACAGAGUGACGAGACUUACAAGGAGCCUUCGGUUCCGCAUUACCAAUGGCUCCAAAUUAAGAGACAUAAACAAAUACAGCUUUUACAUGAUAGAGAACGAACGAUCGCUCCUUAUGGACUAGUGUUUAUUUUGUAAAUAAUUCACUCUUCGUCAACCAACAAUCAAUCUCCUUGGGUUUUUCAUGGUGUGGCAUUUGUCAGACCGAUUUGAAAAUUGUAUUCGUUGCGAAUGGCAGCUUAGAUUUGGUAUUGUUUACAGUAGAUUUAGCUGGGAUUCCAACUGAUUCUGCCACGUUAUUAGUACUUUUAAUUUGGUUUUGUGGGGAUAACUUGUUUGAAAUCAUUCUCACUGAAAAACUAAUUAUGCAGAAUUGAGACAGGGUUUGACGUUAAAAGCACCGAAGGGUAUUCAUGAAAGCAUGAAGCGAGAUAUAAUUCGUUGCGCAGUUAUCGCUAGCUCGUAUUGCACGUUACUAUUUAUCUUUUUAGUGGAAGUUGUCGUUUAGAAACUUUCCUCUAGAAAAAAGAAUAAGAAAAAUCUUGAACAAACUUGGUCUUGCUUUGUAAGUGAUGAAAGCGUAAAGUGUCUUUUCUGAUCUAUAUGGGGCAUGUUAGCGUCUCGGAUCCUUCAAUUAUUGAAAAUCAACCUCAUGAAUUAAGCAUUGUUUAUACUAUUGCUCGGAUAAUUUGGCAGUGAUAUAUCAGUGAAAACCCUUGUACAGUUGAACCUGGUCGAGUCUGGGUCAUGUAUAUUUCUAUACAUUCUUUGAGCAUCUUAUCAUUUAAAAGUUUUAAAAUUGCUGCACAGGGUUUGUUUGUUAGUUUGUUCGUUUCUGUCAAUAAAACUGGUGAACAGGCCGUGACGCUAAGAGACUCAAGUCUCUUCUUAAUGAAAAAUUUUCAGCUUCUGCUAUAAUCGAAUUUAGAAUAAAGGUAUUUUCUGAAAUUAAAAACAACAAUUAUUAUGUAAACGGUCCCGUUUUGCAUGCAGGUAAUUGAUUUGUAUAGCUUAAAAAAUAUAUUGGCUUCGGUGACCUUCAUCUAUUGUGCAGUUUCCUCCGGGCAGAGAGAUAUUUCCGUCACAACUGGCUGGGGUAUAAAUAGUGCGUGGAAAAGUCUAGAAGGGUAAAUUAAAUUCAUAUAAAGCCUUAGCUAAUCAACCCAAACAAAGGUAAGUUUCUUUUCUUGAAUUUAUGAAGGCUUUUGAUUUUUAACAGAGCUUCAAGGGGUAUGGUAAAAUAAAAUCUAGCAGGAGGUUAUUUUCUCUUCAUCCUAAUGAACAAUUGAGACCCUCAUCGAAAAUCUUUUCCAAAAUAUCCUUCAAAUCCCUCUUUGAUCAAAUGAUUUCUCAAUAGGUAAGAGUAUCGCCUUCUGCAAGAAGUUUGGCCAUAAUUCGUUUUGUUUGCCGCUUUUCAUGUGUUUAUUUACAAAAGGCUGUCUAUUAAUGGUAAAAGUUGAAAAGCAUGUAUUUCACGGCAGCCCUAAGCUCUUUAUUGUUCCUUUGCAAUUGCAUAUUUUUGUUUUCUUGGCUGUCCUUUCCCUUUCCGUUCUUUCACUUUCCCCGAUGAAUCAACGAAUUGAAAAAACGCAAUGUGAAGGUAUUUUCUGGUGAUCUGUUAAAUAAAUGAUGCAUGACAACCUCCCUUAUUUCAUAGACAAUGACUACCGUCCAGUCUAACACAAAUGUUACUUGUUUUAAUGUGAUCAUCCUUGUUUCAAACAGUUGUUUAAUCAUGAUGAGAAUCAAAUUCUAUAAAGAUACAAACGACUGUUUAUCGUACAUUUAUAAUCACGCAUUUCAUGAUUAUUUCUCAUUCAACUGUCUAGUUGAAGAGGAAACGGGAACCAUGCCAACUGAUAGGGCAAGUGAUACAACUCUUGACAAACCACUGAGCGAAGAGUGUAGAAAGAUUCUGAAUGGUGUUAAAUAUUACCUUGUAAAAGAUAUGGAUGCAGAGGAAGUUUUACUAAGAAUGGCACAUGAGAACGUCUUUAACGCAGCUGAAGAAGACAGAAUAAAAGCGAAGCCAACACGAUCGGAAAAAAAUGGGCAGUUGCUGGAGAUUUUACCAACGAAGGGUACAAAAGCCUAUGAAAUCUUCAAGAAAGUACUCCAGAAGGUUCACCAGCACCUUGCAAACCUAAUUUUGGAACGUGGUAAGUGUUAUGAUGACCACGAAAAUCAAUUGGCAUUAAAAGAAAGCUGUAUGAUUACAUGUCAUCCUAAUUUUGGAACGAUGCCGCACAAUACACCGAGAUAGAGAUGUCAAACCGGUUUCUAAAAGCGAGUGCCCUACACCUGUAAAGCCUUAUUUCUCUUUUAAUGUGAGGAAAUUACCUUGCGAUUGCUACAUAUUGCAGUGAACUCAGUGUGAUCAUAAAUUCAUUAUGCAAACCAUUUUUUUAAACUUUAAACUUUUGUAAGUUUUGCACUUCAUUGCGUUCUUUCUUUCAUCUCAGAAAACAUGGAACUGAGAAGUGAUGAAAACUCAAGGCAAGCUGACAGGGCAAGACAGGCAACUGACUCAGGUAAGGUCUUAAAGCUACUUUAUUAUUUACCCAAAGAGGGGAAGGGGAGGCUGACUUUCUUAGCGAGCCAACUUUGCUGGAUCGAACAAUUCCCAAAAACGAUGCUGUUCUUAACAAGGUUGAUGGGUGGUAUCGUGGUGAAGGGAAGGCAACUACUUAAAGAUUCUGUUUUCUUAUCAAGCGGUUGCUGCUCAAAAGAUAGUGCAGGAACUUGCUGGCUGCACCAUGGAACGAAACUUCAUAAAAGUAUUUGAACCUUUUACGCUAUGGUGUUUAUAUGAACUGACGAGUAACAGACAUUGCAGAUCACUUAUGUAAUAAGCUUCGUCUUUAUAAUUCGCAGCUGAAAACGAACUUAGAAAGGAAGUCGUUACUCUUCAACGAUGCUUGUCAAUACUGGAAGAAGCGGGAAACUGUUGGAAGGAACUUGGAGCAGAACUUCAAAUAUCAGAAAGCGAACUUCGCAAUAUAGAAACAGAUCAUCAACGCGCUAGAGAUAAAGCAUCUGCCGUACUUGAAAAAUGGAGGGAUAUGAAAGGGCGUGACGCGACUGUAGGAUGCCUUUUGGACGCCUUUGAAAGAAGUGGCCAAAAAAGGAUUGCAGAUAAUUUGUUAGGUAUGGAAAUCUAUUUUUAUCGUCCUAGAAAGUGGCAUGUUAUGAUUUAUGAGAUACAAUGUGUAAACAAUAGCCUUCAUUUCGGUGCGGAAAUUACCUGUUGCUGGCAUAGCUAGUAUGUCACCGAGGUUCGGUUGUAGUGUAAUAGUGGCGCAAAAGUUUAUUUGAUUUUUUUCCUUCUCAGAGUUAUGGCGAGCCGAACUGUAGGACAGUCCCUGGCUGUGAGAAAGUAAACAACCAAGUGAAGUGCUUAAAGAAUUUGAGGAAAGUAAUUCUACUACAAAUAAAAAAAACUGCGGGAAGGCAAAGUCGUGUGAUGGAUAUAAUUAUAGUUAGUUGAAUGAAUUGAGAACACCCUAGAUUGAAUGGGCUUGAAAACACUUGCAUAGGCUUCCACUAGCUUGAGAGGCAGGGAGCGUUUUAAAUAUGUCAACCAAAUAAUUCUGUUGUAAUGUGAUAUAGACAAGUUGGAGAGGAAAAUGUAAGUUUACUUUACUAAGUAUCGAUAAAUCAGACUGCAAAUAAAUGUCUGUAUUAUAAUGUACAGGCAUGCUUAUACGUUUUCUAGUGAACUGGGUAGUCCUGAAAAGUCUGUUGACGGUUAAAGUGACUGAAGUUAAGACAGCUCACAUUCGAAGCUGUGAGUAACUAAAAUGAAAACAUUUGUUGCCAAAACUGCCUAUUGGAUUUCUAAGCUUCUUAAUAGUGCCACUGGAUACGGAAAAAAGUUUGACGCAAGAGUAACGCUGAAGACAUGCAAUAUGAGAUAUAUUAUAAUAUCAGUUAUAAUUAUCGUAAAUCUGAAUGUCUCUGGCUUAGUUAAUGAACGUCGUCGACACUGGAACUUUUGAAUCUUGAGAGUUUCCUUUCCAUUUCGCUUCAAAGAGAGUACGACAAACGAACAACUUUUCAAAGGCGGAUUUAUUGUUAAGUAUCAGAAGAAUAAGUGUGUAUUAUUCGAGACCAGAAUGUUCGACCCCUAUCAGUUAUUAUUAGGCUACAUCGAAAGGCUACACAGUCAAGAAAAGAUCAAAGCCAUCAAACUUUGGACAAACCUAAGUCACUACAGGUGUCAACAUAUAUAUAUAAUUUGUCAUAGAGGAUAUUUCAUUCUGCCUUGUACUCUGUGUUCCAAUACUUUAAAACAAGGUCCAAAAUCGCAAGUGCCAUGGCUACUUAAAAAGUGUUUUUUCCAAUCGUCAUACAUGGUACAUUUUCGUCACCAGAAAAAAUUUAAAAUACAAAAAGGC